AUGGGGAAACGUCAAAGUGAGAAUCAAAUAAGUAGUUAUAACCCUGAAGACGACUCUCCCGAAGUAAGCGACCCUGUUCGUCUUGCAGACCCUGAGACACUUUCAAAGCGCAAAAAUGUGAAAAAAGGAUCAUUUCCACAAGCACAGACAGAGGGACAGCCUGCUAGUAAUCCCUUUGCAUCCAGUGGAUUUAAAUUCUCAAGUGUGGGUGCCACUACAACUUCUUCGACAGGAUCCAGUCUUUUUAGCACAGCCAGUGCGUCGAGCCCAACAUUCACUUCAGUUGAAAGCAAUACAGAUUCUACUAGCAAACUUUUUAGCUCGAACAUAGCGACAUCUUCUACUCACCAAAAGAAUAAUGAUGAUUUGAAGAUUAAAUUCCGUGCUCUUAACGAGAAAUUUGAGCGCAAACUUUCGGAACUUGUUAAUUCCAAUUUAUAUGGCGACUAUUCUUCAACCGUUGAAAAGUACUUGACAUUUGCCAAAAAUAUUAAGACUGAAAGCACGUCGAGUUCAUCACCCGCCUUAUCAAACCCAACAUAUACAUCUUCUGUACCUACUCCUUCAUUUCAGUUCACACCAUCUCUUCCUAGCAAGGCAUCUUUGAGUACUACAACAUCUACUACAGAUAGUAAGCCUCUUUUUAACUUUGGAGCAAACAAGACUACUGAAGAGCAACCUGAAAACGCGUCGAGUAGCAAACCAGAGGAAGUAAAAGAAGGGAAGGCCAAUGACGACAGACCUGCAGAUAAGGAGUUAAAGUUUGUUUUUAAACCCACGGAUAGUGUUGAACCGUCUCCAUUUGUUUUCAAUAAGACGACGACUUCUGAUGCGGAGAAGAAGCGCGAUAAUAAGCCCGGACUUACAUUUAAGUUUGUGGCGCCUGCGACAAAAAUAGAAUCACCCUUUAAAUUUUCAGAACCUGCAAAAAAAACAGAAUCGCCUUUCAAGUCUUUAGCAGUUGCAACAAAGGAGUCUGAAGAAAAAAAGGGCGAUGAGCCCAAGCCAUUAUUUACAUCAAACUUAUUAUUUGGCACAGAUAAAGAAGGAGCCAAGAAGAUAGCAACAGAAAAUAAUCAUACUUGGGGACCUGAGAAAGGUAUCAACUUUAACACCAAGUCAUUGUCCUCUUCUGAUACCGAAUCUCAGAAGUCUUUUUUUGCGAACCCAGUUCAGCCACCAACUACGACGAGUGCUUUGACAAACGAGGGGUCUAAAUUGUUCAGCUUCUCUUCCUCUGCGAAUAACAAUACAGUAUCUGAAAACAAGCCCAGUUUGUUUGGCAAAACUCCGGCGGCACCUGUAACAGGUGGUUUAUUCGAAAAAGCAUCGUCUAGUUCAUCUGUAUUUUCUGAUAGCAACACUAGUAACAAAUCUGGGUUAUUUGGAACCACACCAACGGCUCCUGCGUUUCAAUUUGGCUCGUCGUCUGCCAAUAAGAGUGCCGAAACCAAACCUCUUUUUGGUAGUACAGCCGGUGGCUCCAGUGGGUUUGGAUCAUUUACUAGCACAACACCUGCAUUUUCUUUUAGCCCAGCACCAGCACCAGCACCAGCCUCUAUUACUACAACAGCACCUUCUACAGCGUCGACUAAUGAGGAAGGAUCUAAGGAAGAGGGAGAUGGGGAAGUAGCUGCUGAGGAGAGCGGGGAGUCUACAAAUUUCACAGCCCAGGGGCCUGGAGAAGAGAAUGAGGAUUCUUUAUAUGAGAAAAAGGCAAAAGUUUAUUCCAAUGCUGAAGGUAAGCUGCAAGCUGAGGGAAUUGGAUUACUGCGUGUGCUGAAACAUAAAGAGACAAAAAAGAGCCGAGUUGUUGUACGGGCUGAUGGAGGUGGACGAGUUCUUUUAAAUGUGCUUUUGCACAAGGGGUUUUCAUACAAGGCGAAUAAGACCCUUGUGACGAUUGUGGAGUUGACUGGUGAUGGACCCAAGCAGCAUAUGGUAAGAGUAAAGACAGCAGAAGAUGCCUCGGAACUGUCCAAGGUUUUGGAAGAUAAUAAAUGA